UUCCCCACGGCAGAUGGCCUGUAUCAACUCACAUGAGCAGGACUCAGGAGCAAUAUUGUGCGCACACAGAAUAUUUUCAUCGAAUCCCCGACAUUCUCAGAAUACAAAUGUCGGCUUUGAUCGUCGCCUACCAAAUUUCCCGGGCGCCACCUAGAACUUCUACCCAGGGCACUGAACACUCCAGGCAAGUCAAACGGGGAGCUGGGGUGGAAAUCGGCUACUGGAUGGUUCCGGAUGGAUGUGGCCCACAUAAUGGGCAGGGAUGGGCAGAAUGGCAAAUACUUUAUUUGGGUGUAUUGAACGGGGCAGGAGAGGGUGAAACGCCACUAAGACAAGAGAUCACCAGAAUGUCCUCCCCCUUGCAGAAUGCGUCUUCUAGCACAUUUGACACGUCAAUCCUCACCCUUCAGGCCGACUUAUCCAGUGGCCUCACCCUUUUGACAACAGCUCCCACUGCCAAUGAAUUCCUCAGAGCUACAGAGGGUCCAUUUGCGGAGUUGAAAGAGCUAGUUAUGCAGCAUACUUCAAUUGCAAACAGACCACGAUUUCAACCCCUUGCCCCCCCGGAGAAAAUUUUGAAGGAGAUUGUGCAGAAGAUAUGGGGUCAUUCAUCUGUUCAGACAGUUGAUGAUAUUGGCGAGAUUCUAGAGAAUGGACACGUCACAGAUGAUUUGAGCCUUGAAGCUGGAAUUGAUAGUCAAGAGGCUGCAAGGCUGCGUAAAUCACACCAAGAAGCUGUUGAGAAGCACUACCCUGAUUGCGCGGCAGAGGCGAAUGCAUUUUACGAAAAAGUCCUGAUACAUUGUGGAGACAUUGUUUUGUCAAAGGAUGAAAGGGAUGCUAAACCCAACGAAGGCCUCUAUCUGUUGCAGAAGGUAACCGGAAAGUACGCCGCUCAGCUUGCCGCACUCAGCACCAUUCACCCCAUUGGUGUGGCUGUAGUGGGAUUCAUAGCAGACGACACACUUUCCCCUCGAGACUCGACUAUCGCUUUUACUAGCUCUCCGAUGAUCGCGGAAAUGGUCAAAGCUAUGGGCCUACCCCUUGCAGAGGAUGCCGCAUUGGCGAUGAGAAACUUUUACGAUGGAAUAAAGGCAUUCAGAGGUAUGAGUGACUUCUCCUCGCAGUCUGCACAGGCUGAAAUUGCUGCAGAGACUUCCUUCAUCAUCUUGGAGCAUUUAACAACUCCUACCAGUGAGGUGUUUGGGGCCUCUGGUCUCAUGAAGUCCAUUGUGAUGCAGGCGAAGCAAAGCGUCCAUUUCAGUGAUGAUCUGGACCGAUAUUUGGGUAACACUACUGUGAAAUCAGAGGUUGAGUGUGAUGCAGAGGAUGUGGAUUAUCACACACCUUUAUUGAAGAUGAAGGAAGGCCUGAGCACUAUAGACCGGGCAUAUGGGGCGCAUACCGUUCGCCGCACUGAUUGUGCUGGGAAGCUCAAAGCCAUGAUUCAGGAGGCGACAGGCAUAAUGGACCUUGGGCACAACUGGAGAGGCGUCAACAUACUUCUGUUCUUGCUUGAACACCGUCUCCGUUUUGCUGGUUGGCAUCGCAGUGUUCGACGCCUAAACAGAGGGCUUCCGUGUGAUUGGACCCCACGUGAAACUGCACGGUGCAUGUUACAGUUCGAUCAUGAGGAUCCGGUGCAGACCUUAAGGGUGGAACACAUGACAGAUGAUGAGUACCUGAAGCGUGAGGUGUUACACUAUGCACCGGAUGGGAACGGCAACAUCAGUAAAUAUGCAUUACCUCAAAAUGAAGUAAGGAGAGCAGUUGGGAAAACGGCCAUCAUCCUGGCAUCAUCCCACAAACGUAAGGGAAGCACCCCAGACCCUACCACUGUGUCUAUGGAAUGA